AGAGGACAGUUUAGUUGGUGCUGGUGCUGGUGGAGGAAGAAGCAGCGCAGCAGGUGGCAGGGAUGGGUCGCGGCGGCGGGAUGGGGAACCCAGUCAACGUGGGCAUCGCGGUGCAGGCGGACUGGGAGAACCGCGAGUUCAUCUCCAACAUCUCCCUCAACGUCCGACGCCUCUUCGACUUCCUCCUCAGAUUCGAAGCUACGACGAAGAGCAAGCUGGCAAGUUUGAACGAGAAGCUGGACAUCCUAGAGCGGAAGCUGGAGGUGCUUGAAGUCCAAGUGGGCAGCGCGACGACCAACCCUUCCGUCUUCAACUAGGAAUCGCGGGUUUAUAUGUAUAAAUAAAUAGAUAAAUGUAGGUAUGAAUGUUGCUUGUACCAACGAAUUCUGGUCGCUAUCAAUCAUGUAAUGUAAUGGAUUUUGUUAUUAUUAUUGUGGUAUGUGUAAA